UUCGUCAUUUGGGUGAGGAAAAUGAAAAUGUUGAGACUCAGAAUCCAAAGACAGAGAAAGAAAGAGGUGCACGUGGACUUGCAUGCCUCUCUUUCUCUCUCACCAUCUCUCUCUUUCUUCCUUUAACGAACCAGAGAAGAAAGUAAAACCAGAAAGGCUUCAUUUCCAUAUUCCAUAAUCUCUGAAGAAAAUCAGCAUUGCCUAGGGACUUCGCUUCUUCUUCUUCUUGACUUUUCUUCUUUAACACUUCACAGGUUGACUCCACUCUACCUAAACCAAUCUUAUAGUCUUCUCCAUCAUAUCUCAUUCAACUUUUUAUACACACUACUUUCAAGCUACUUUGCAUGAACUGGUUUCAAGUUCCCACCUUUAAUGAUGGUUUCUCAAUCUUGUAAUGUUGCUGAUCAGACAGUCCAUUUUAGCAAUAUCCUAUUCUUGAGAGCCUCUGUUUUGUAUAUUGAUUAGUGGGCAAUCCUUACUUGCUUGAGUGGAUAUUGAAAAAGGCUCUCUUUUCUGUUUCUUUAAAAUUAAUUUUGGUUGUAUUUUAUGGUGCCUCAUCCAAUGGUGGAGCUUCAAUCUUGUGCUAGCUUAGUCAAUACAUCAGCAUUAUGUGCUAUAGAGCAAGAAGUCAAAGGAGAAAAUGCCAACGUUAUAGCUCAGAUUUCAGCUGAGUUGCAAAAGGAAAGACAGAAAAAUGCAGAGCUUAUGAAGAGGAUAUCUUUUCUUGAAGCUCAAAUACAGGAAAGAACUAAUGAGUACUCUCUUUGCACUAAUCUUCAAGGCAGUUGUGCUACCCCAAGGGAAACCAACUUCAAAAAGUUCAAAAAGCAGAAGAUAGAGGCAGUUAGUAAUGGAACUGAUACAGACAAGACCAUAAAAAAUGAAGACUCUUUAGAGAAGAAUCAAGAAGCAAAAUGCUUGGUCCAAAAUGACCAAAUUCUAGAGAACCGUUUAGUGAACUGGAUGAGCAUGGAUGAGACACAGUUUUUGCAAUUUGAAAAGGUAAAAGAUGGUGAUUCAACUGCAGAUUGUGAUGAUACUGAUGAGAGUGAUGAUGAAGAGGAUGAUUAUCAUGAAGAUCAUGGUAUUAACAAUGAUCCCAAUAAAGAAAAAGAAGCUAAUGAAAUCUCAAUAACUUCACACAUUGUUGUAAUAGAGCCAUCAAAUGAAGAACUACCUGAAACACAGCAUAUUUCUUCUGGUUUGGUCUCUGAUCAAUUCAAUGUGAUCAGAGAUUAUAAAUCCCCACAAACUAGUAUUCUUAAUAUGGGGAGGUAUACUAAUUGCUAUGCAGGAUCAGGGAGCAUAUCACAUAGUAAAAAGCCUCCAAAAGUGGCUUUCUGUCCUAGAGAAGUGAAGAGAAUAAUUGUGUCUGAAGCUCUUGAGCAAAAGAAUGCUCAAUCACACACCAUAAGGAAGAUCAUUGUGUUUGCAUCACUUGGGAUAAGGCAUGGAUGUGAAGAUAUGUAUGAGUUGGAUUUUAAUCACUUUAGCAUUUUGAAGAAGGGAGAGCCAUAUGAGUCUCCUUCUAAUCCAGGGGAGCAUGUUCUGUAUGAGAAUCCUCAAGUUAGAAGGAAAGUAUUCUAUCCAAAUAGACAGAACCCAACAUUAUGUCCUAUUCAGGUACUAGAGGAAGAAAAGGCUAUGCGUCCAUCAGAUUCUAGCUGCCCAUCAUGCUUAUUUCUAUGCAUAAAGUAUGGUGGAAGGACAAGAAAUCUUCCCCAAAAUGAAUAUGUUCGACAGCGAAUGGGAAGGAACAAGCUCAAGUCUUUCGGUCCACUCAUAUGUCGAAUGGCAAUGUUAGCUCAUGUUCGCAGUGGGAGCUUCUUCUUCAAAGCAUUGGGAAUUACACUUCUCUUCAUGGCUGGUUUUCCUGAUGAUCUAGUUCAAAGGGAAACCAAGUACAGGAACCUAGACUUGCUUCAAAAGUAUUAUAGGACAGAUGAGGAGGCUGAAGGAGAAGAGUUAUUUCUCCAACAUCCAAUCGUUUCUGAUUCUGCUAGUCCUGGUUCCCAACAACUCACUGGGAAAACUUGUUCUACAAAACCAAAGGUAAAGAAACAAACCAACUCCAACUCCAACAGUAAGCCUCAUAAUCACAACAUACAAAGAUCUUCAACUCUUCCAAAACAGACACAUGUGAAUUCUGGACCUCCUGCUCAAUUUGGACUAAUGGGGUAUACCUCCAUUCAUACACAAGCAAUGACAGCAUAUCAUCAUCAUCAUCAGCAGCAGCAGCAGCCUCAUACACCAUUAGAAAUCUCUAACUCUGUUAUUCCCAACUCUGCUACUAAUGUCAUUUUCCCAAACCAAACCCCAUAUCAUCAUCAUCAUCAUCACCACACACUCUCAUCACCGCAGCCAACAAAUCCAUUUGUGCCAGCUUUAAUGUAUUGGCCUCCUCCAAACACAUACCCUCCUGCUACACCUUACACACCAACAUAUGGUUAUCAUCAAUCUUUCCCUUCAGCUGGAAAUUACAUCUCCAUUCAUCCACAACCUUAUUAUACUCCUUUGAUACCGAAAAUCGUAGAAGGUGAUCCCAAGAUUGACACAGGCUUAAAGGAUGAUGCUAAUGAUUCUGAUAGCAGUUCAAGCAGUACAGAACCAAAGAAAGAAGAUUAGGAAGUUGUCACAGAAAAGAUAUAAAAUCCACCUAGUCUAGUUAGUUAUAUGAUCCAAUGUGUAUGUGUGUAUCUCAUCUCAUCAUGUAUGAAUGAAUACAUGUCAAAUAAUGAUUCUCUACUAUUCUAUAUGUAGAUCCUUUGAUGCAUUUUUUUGGGCCUCUUUUGCUCAGUGAAAAUAUGUAAUGUAAAUUACAAGGUGAUCAUGUUCAUGUGUUAUAUUAUAGCU